AUGAAAUCUCAAGUGAUUGCUCUACAGGAGACCAAGUGCAGAAGAAGCGACAUACGACAAAUGCGUGAUGGUAAACUUGUCAUUCGUGGAGAGAAGGUUCCGUCCCGAGUAGGCGGUGUUGGUUUUGCUGUGCACCCAUCUGUCGUCCAUCUUGUCGAUUCUCACGAGAUCCUGUCACUUCGCCUGGUCAUUCUUCCCCUCCGCCUUCUGUGCCAAAAACCCAUCUGUAUCAUCAACUGCUACUGA